AAGGAUGCUGGAAAUUUCUCUGGCAAGAAAAUACCAGUCCCAUAUCAGUGCUCAUCUUUGCUGACCGAGGCAGGUCAGCUGCGGGAUCAUCCCACCCCGGGGACUGCAGGGAUGGAGCAGAGGAGAUGGCUCCUGUUGGCUCUGGCCCUGCUUCUGGCCAUCCCUGUCUCAGCCAGAUGCUCACUCACAGACAAUUUUAAGCUCACCUCUCCUGAGAAAGUAGUUGGAAUUGUCGGCCAGGAUACAAUCCUUCCUUGCACCAUCUCUUCCACAAAGCCACUUGACAACCCCCAAGUGCACUGGAUAAAAAUCACAGAUGGGCACACAGAGGACAUCUACCCACAUGGGCAGUUUGGGGGCGAACCAAUGCAGAAAUACUGUGGGAGAACAUCAGUGCCAGGAGAUGGAUUUGCCACUGGGAACGUGUCCCUGACACUGAAGAACGUCCAGCCAGCAGAUGAAGGAAUCUACAGUUGCAUUGUGACAUCCAGGGACUGGAGCACUGAUACAUCCACCAAGCUCAGCAUUGCAGGUACUGGGGAAGUGUUCAUUGAAAUUCAGGGCCCCCAAGGGCAAGGACUCGAGCUUGGCUGCAGAUCACAGGGAUGGCUCCCCAAACCUACUGUCCAGUGGGUUACUGAGGAUGGACAGGGGCUCUCUGUGGACACGGAAAUACACCAGGACAGUGAGAAACUCUUCAGUGUAUGGAGUCGAGUCACAGUUACAGGAGAGCAAGUGGGAAAAGUCACCUGUCAAAUCCUGAACCCUCUGCUGCAGGUGGAGAAGGAAACUACUGUGCUCCUCUCAGGUUCUGUUUUUCCAGGUGCAUCUCAGUGGGUCUCUGCUUCCUGGAUACAACUCCCUUUAUUCCUUCUCACAUUGGCUGCUGGUGCUGUUCUUGUAUUUCGAGGAAGAGCAGUGGAUGCCCUGGAAUCUAUUCGGCUGAAAGACCACCAGCACCUCUACCAAAAAAUUCUAACUCUGCAGGAAGCUUUCCAGAAUGAGCAGGAGUCCACACAGCGUGAUCUUCAGCUCCUCAGAACAGACCUGAAGAAUGAACUAGGAUUGACAAUACAGGCAAAUACUACAAAUGCCCUGGAAUCCAUGUGGAAGAAGGACCUCCAUGAAGUGUCCCAACAAGUUCAAACUCUGCAGAAAGCUUUUCAAAACACCCAGGUGUACACGCAGCGUGACCUUCAGAUGAUCAGAACAGAUCUGAAGGAUGAACUAGGAAAGACGGUGGAGGCAAAUGUCACAGGGACUAUAGCAUACAUCUGGCAGAAGGACCUCCUGCAGCUCUCCCAACAAAUUCAAACUCUGAAAAAAACUUUCCAGAACAUGAAGGUCUCCACACAGCGUGACCUUCAAAUGAUCAGAACAGACCUGGAGAACAAACUAGGAAGGACAGUGGAGGCAAAUACAAGCGCCUUAGAAUCCAGGCUGGAGAAGGACCUCCAUGAAGCCUCCCAACAAAUUCUAACUCUGCAGAAAGCAAUCCAAAACAUGGAGGGGUCCACACAGCGUGACCUUCAGAUGAUCAGAACAGACCUGGAGCACGAACUAGGAAGGACAGUGGAGGCAAAUACAAGGACCAUGGAAUCCAUGUGGCAGAAGGACCUUCUGCAGCUCUCCCAACAAAUGCAAACUCUGCAGGAAGCAAUCCAGAACAUGGAGGUGUCCACACAGCGUGACCUUCAGAUGAUCAGAGCAGACCUGGAGAAUGAACUAGGAAGGACAGUGGAGGCAAAUACAAGGACCAUGGAAUCCAUGUGGCAGAAGGACCUUCUGCAGCUCUCCCAACAAAUGCAAACUCUGCAGGAAGCAAUCCAGAACAUGGAGGUGUCCACACAGCGUGACCUUCAGAUGAUCAGAGCAGACCUGGAGAAUGAACUAGGAAGGACAGUGGAGGCAAAUACAAGGACCAUGGAAUCCAUGUGGCAGAAGGACCUUCUGCAGCUCUCCCAACAAAUGCAAACUCUGCAGGGAGCUUUCCAGAACAUGGAGGCGUCCUCACAGCUUGGUCUUCAGAUUGCCGUAGCAGACCUGAAGAACAAACUAGAAAGGACAGUGAAGGAAAAUACCCCAAGGGUCUUGGAAUCCCUGCGGCUGAAGGACCUCCAGCAGCUCUCCCAAGAAAUCCAAGCUCUGGGAAAAGAUAUGCAGACCACUUUGGGGUCCCCAGAAUAUGACCUUCAGCUCCUCAGAACAUAUUUGGAGAAAGAAUUAGACCUUCAAGAACUACGGUCCUACAGAGGGGAUGUCACCCUGGAUGCUGACACAGCUCAUCCCAGAUUGGAAAUCUCUGCGGAUGGGAGGAGAGUGAAAGAUACAGGUGUCAUCACAUUCUUGCUCAGCAAUGAGAAGAGAUUUGAUUCCCAUCUGUUUGUGCUGGCAAAGGAAGGAUACACAUCUGGGAAACACUACUGGGAAGUGUCUGUUGGGACAAGAAGAAUCUGGGCCUUGGGUAUUGCCCGGGAAUCUGUGACUCGCAAAGGGACUUUGACUCUGUGCCCUGAGAAUGGCUUCUGGGUUAUUGCGUGUGCAGAUGGGCAAGAUUAUUGGGCCUACACGAAUCCUUGGACCCGUCUGAUCGUGACUGGCAAUUUGUCAAAGAUUGGGAUCUUCUUGGACAUCCCAGCCAAGCAGGUUUCUUUUUAUGAUGUCUGUAAGGCAAGAGCUUUGUACACUUUCAGCAUUGCUGAUGGCAGAAGCCAGGAAGGCAAAUUAAUUCCCUUCUUCUCCACAGGCCUUGCUGCUGCUGAGCCUGACACUGAGCCUCUGGUAAUAGUGCAGUUUUCUGAUGAUGAUGAGUAGUUUACUCUGCAUGUCAAAGGUCAAUACUGUGAUAGAAUCACAUUGUAAUGAGGCAGCUGCCAAAUUUGUGUCUUCUGAACAAAAGUAUUGAAGGAGAGGGAAAAUCUAUCAUAGUGGUCAGCUUUCUACAUUAUGCAUCAGAAUGAAAAGUUUUUUGAGGGAAAUUUUAUGUUGUCAAGGGAAAUUUUCUUUCAUAGUAGUAUGAAAAAAGCACUUCUGUGGAUUGUGAGUUUUCCUGAAAAAUUACUGUCUUGCGAUGGUUUUUUUUAUCCCAUACCAUUUUUGGUUUGUUUGUUUGUUUUGUGUCCAAGGUGGUUGCUGUCCCCCCCUCCUCCCACCCCCUCCAUCUCCCUGACUGUCAGGAGUAUUGAAAUGAGUGAGAGCUAGACUGGGGUUUCCAGAGAG